AUGCCUCCCCAUGCCGACCAUUGCGCAGCCACUGUUGAAUACGCUGAGCGCGUCUUCCAACACCUAGAAGACAAUCGUCCGUCCAAUACACCUACCGACUUCUCAGGCGCCCACCCAGAGAAUCCCAAGACCGUCAAGUCAAAGACCCAAAACCUCAAGUCCCAACUCAAUGGAAGCAACACGUUUGCCUUUGCUGAUAUCUACACGCACUCCGCAAGUGGUAAGUUUCCUCUCAAACGCACUGGAUCUUUUGGAAACGGCCGUGUGAAGGAGCUCGUGGCUGCCUACGAAGCUCGUUCUCACCAUACCGAGGAGCUAGCCAAGGAAGCUACGCGGCGUAAGCGUGAGCUCGCUGCUUUCAUCCAUGGGACUCCCGAAGAGACCUCCACGGAAGAUUCUGAAGGGACUGAAACUACCGCUUUCAGUGAUAUUGAAGAGGAUGGGAAGGAAUGGGUCAAGGUUUUCGAUGCAGACUUGGACUAG